GUGCAGCCUUUGUUGUGUAAAGUGUAGUUUGUGAUUUUAAACAACUCUUUACAUGUAAAACAUCUCAUCGGCUGCGGUUCUUUAMGUCUUUGUGCUCGCGAGGCUUUGAUGGGAGCUAGCUAACCGCAGCGAGCUAACUGAAGCUAAUGCGGCUAGCAGCUAGCUUUGUGUUGUUUUUGUUGUGAUUCAAACAAAAGAAGCUUCACAGAAAUGACGUCUGCCUCUGCAAAGGUCGGGGAGAUCUUCUCUGCAGCCGGAGCAGCUUUCACCAAACUGGGAGAGCUGACCAUGCAGCUGCACCCAGUGUCUGACUCCAGCCCUGCAGGAGCCAAGUGGACGGAGACAGAGAUCGAGAUGCUGCGAUUGGCCGUGCGUCGCUUCGGAGACGACCUGAACAACAUCAGCACCGUGAUCAAAGAGCGCACCGUGGCUCAGAUAAAGAGCACAGUGAAGAGGAAGCUGUACGAGGACAGCCGGAUCCCCAUCUCCUCUGAGUCCCCCAAGAAAACGGUUAAGAAAACCACCGUUUCCAUGACGCCGGCCCCGGCUCCGCCCACUCCCYCCAUGAUCAGCGCGCCGGCCACACAGGUCGUCGUGGCGACGGGGAUGCAGGGCAGCUCGUCUCUGGCCCCGCCCAUCAAGAAGCAGAAGACGGCAGACGUGACCCUCAGCGCUCUCAACGACUCGGACGUCAACAGCGACCUGGUGGACAUCGAGGGACUCGGAGACGGGUCGUCCAACAAGAAACUCAACUUCGAUCAAGAGAGUCUGAACCUGGACUCCAGCCUCAUCAUGAACUCCAGUGACCUCCCUCUCCUGUCCCGUUGAAGCUCCGCCCCCUCCACAGACAAAUACACACUUUUAUUUUGAAAGGGACACUCAGAUCAGCGUGUUCAGAGUAAAACUCCUGUUUUUGUUUUAGAAAAGUUGUAUUUUUUUAAUCUGAAUUAUGUUUUAAUUUGUGAUGAUGAUGAUGAUGAUGAGCUGCAGUGAUCAGUUUCUGCUUUCAGACUAAUUUAUCCACUUUAACAUCUGUAUCAAGACAAGAAAAACAACUUUCUGCUCUAAAAGCUUUUCUGACAAUAAAACUUGAUGCAUCUUCAAA